CAGCCCCUGCCCGGGCUGCUGCCUUCUAAUUCAACCGGGAGGCGCCCGCCCCCUGCCGGGCUCCGCUGCACCAUGCAGGAAGGGGCGGUGCUGCGCGGGCUCCUGGUGUGUAGGGUGCCUCUCUCAAAUGCUUCCUUUAGAAGAGUUCACGUUCAGAAAUUGCUGUUACUUUUCCGAGCCAUACAAGUAAAAGUGAAAAUCUCACUUCUGCCUUUUCCAUUCUCCUCCCUGUGCUCAACAGUUUAAAAAAAAAAAAAAAAAAAAAAGUGAUAAUUCCACUCUUGCUUUUUCGGAAGGUUUCUCAGUCUGGGCUGUUUUCGUAUUGACUCACUUCGAGAUCGCUGUGUUUCAGUGCUGAAUUCAGAAGGUUUGUGAGUGCAGCCUGUAACUGCCUGCCGUUUGGAAGGUUACCUCUCUGCAUCCACUAUCAACCUGCGUCGUGAGUAAACACUUCCUUGUUUGGAAAUUUAGGUGGAUUUUUAUUUUAACCAAUAUCUUGUUUUCCUGACAGGAUGGUGUUUAGACAUACCAAGGUUCUGAUAACUGCCUUCUAGAUCUUUUCUCUUCAUGAAUCCCAUGUGAAUUGUGGUGCUAUAUAGUCACGCGUGAAAGAGGCUGGCAUUCCCCAAAAAGCCUUCCUGAAAGAGGUGAGGUUACUGGCUUCCUCACUGACCCUCCAGACAUUUGUUCAAACAGUCUGAGUUUCAGAAGGAUCUGUUCUUGUUUGUUUUGCUUUGUUGUAAAGAAUGCCACAAUCCUUUGGGAUACAAAUUCCAGUUUCCAGUAGUGUUUAUCAAAAUGAGCUACACCACCAAAACAUCUCGGUGUAUCAGCCUAUGUACUUCAUAACAUAGAGUUAAUGCAGUUUGCACGAUUUGGAAUGCUCACGUUUGCUUUAAGAUUUUAAUGUGUUAGAGAUGACACGAUGAUUCUAAGAACUGUUUUUAUAAUUGGAUGUCCAGCUGUAGCUUUAAGCAUGUGGGAAAUUUGAAAAACAUGCUUGAAGCUGCUGCUCCUUUAGACACCUUACAGACAACUUUGUGUCAUUUUUGUUUUUAACUUUUGUCUUUGAAUCUCUCAUCCUCUGCUAUUUUGCCCUGUGAAUAUUUUUGUACUUCUUCUGAGAAUCAUUGUCCUUAUAUUAUCACCCCAUUCCUUUCGGAAUGUUAAAGACCUUAUUCUUUUCCUUGAAGAAUACUGAUUGUAGUUGAAUUUUACCUAAAUUAUAUAUAUAUAUAUAUUUUUGUCCUCCCUGGUGUUCCACUGAAGAGUACUGCCAACUAUAUGGCUCAAAAAAAAAAUACUUCUAGCUUGGACAAACUCAUCAGGUCCAAAAGCAGCAUAAGAUGAAGACUAAGGUGGUGUAUUUUACUUGGUAUUUGUAGUCAGGUAUCUCAAACCUGGUUAUUACUAAGUAGUUUGGAUCAGAUUUUGUUCUUUAAUUCCUAUUCCAAGAACCAAGGGCUAUACUGUGCUUUCAUCAAAACAUCAAUUUUGUGCUGAUGUGAUGUGCCAAUAAAAAAUGGGAUUUAGAAUUAUAAUCUGACGAUAUAUAAUUUUAUCUUAAUAUAGUGGAUCAUGGUUUCAUUGUCUGUGACAAUUGUAUUUGUUGUAGAUGUGAAAGGAUGAAAAUGAAAAGAAAAUUCAAGACAGAGAGACCCUUCUUUUUUUUCCCCAUAAAAUAUAAUAGUUUGAUUCUCCAUGUACAGAAGAGAACCAAAACCAGGUCUGAGUGCAUGGCCACUUAGAGUUGCUUGUUGCAGUAUUCAGCACCCAGCUUUCUGCUGCUUUCUAAAUUGGGAUCUGUCUACCAGUCAGUCUGAAAAAUAGGGAUGUGAAAUAGUUCUUUCAUUUUCUUACAGUUAUUUAUGGGAAGAUGGCACACUUGUAAUGAGUUGAGGGGAAAGCAGCUAUAUAUCUUGAUGUAAUUCUGGAGUAUUACUUGAAAUGCAAUAGUCUACUUCAUCCUGCUUGUUUAUAUCGCAGCAAGUUUUUGGCAGUAAAUUUCAGACAGGUGUCUUACAAAAGUAAGUAUGUAUCUUCUCAAAUUGCAAAAGUUUUAGGUUGAAAAGACAAAUGGGAUGCUCAAAGAGAUAGCUGUGUGUGAAAAAUCUCUCUUGAGUACGUCAUAUUGUACAUGCAUGUUCAGGUUGAUGAUUAGGUUGAUGACUAAGGGCAUUUGUAUUGGCUGAAAUCAGCAUCUAUGCUUUCUGCCGUGUUAGCAGAACUGAAGCAUGGUCGUAGGACUGGCUCUGCCCUUGUUUGCCCCCAGAUGAAAGCAUGAGCAUUCCCAGCUGGUACGUAUUUGCUCAACAGAUUAAAAUGUAAGACAAAAUUAUAGCCUUCGCUGUUUUCCAGCGGUUUAAAAAGACACCUGAAUGUCUGAUCUAUCAAUGUUGCGCUAUUCUUCUGGAAAAUAAGGGAAUUUAUUAGCUGUGUUUCUGUAAGGUCUUGUCUUGCAAAUACCAUACUCUUUGUAGGAAAAAAAAAAACACCACAGAACACUGUAUUGGAUUGGAAUCCAAAUGUAGAUGUUCCUCAAAGACUGUCAAUUUAAUCAGGAAUACAAAGGACAUUAAGCAAUCUUGAAAAUGAAGGAAGGAAACCCGUCAUUGUUUUCUGAAUUUGAAAUAAAACCUGCCAAGGAAAACCUAGAUACAUGACUUGAUACAUCAAAAUACCUGUUAUGGUAAAAAUGAGUAACUUUCCAUUUGAAAGGCCCUCUGCAUUGGCACAAUGGGCAUUAAUUGUGCUUCUCACUAUGCUCAAAGCGGUCUGUAUCAUUGCACUUGUGAUGAACUGUGAGUAUAUUUUCCUUAGGCUUUCAGUGUGACCAAGAAGAACUCAGUUUCAUUUUUUCUGGAGAAAAGUGAGAAGUAACUCAAGGAAAUGAAUCUCAUGGUUUUUUUGUUAAUUUUUAUAACUGAAACAGCCACAGAGAAGUUGUGUCCUCUUCGUGCCUCCAUUGAUGUACUAGAAGGGGAGUAUUUUUACCUUUGUUUUCCUGAGUCAAAACUACAACAUUCUUGGAAAGAAGAAUACACAAUAAACUGGUACAAAGAAAGUGCUGGAAGGCAGAAGCGAAUAAAUGAAACACACAGAAUUGUAUCCCAAAUGAAUUUUUUGGAGUUUUGGCCAGCUGAACUUGGUGACUCUGGGAAUUACUUUGUCACUCAAAGUGGAAAACGAAAUUUCACAAUUCAAAAGUGGACCUUGAAUGUACUUGAAAGAAAUAGAAGCAGCUGUUUCAAUCAAAAUCAUUUAACAACUGAAAUUCAGAAUGCUGGAACUGGUCAUUCAUUGAAAUGCAAUGAUCUGUCUGUCAAUGAAAAUGACAGCAUAACAUGGUAUAAGGACUGUAAGAACUAUGAAAAUGAAAGGGGACGGGAACUGGAUUUUAAAACCUUAUCAGUUCAGCACUCUGGUAUAUAUACCUGCAAAAUUUCCAUCAGUCGUGAAGGAAAGCUAUACCACAGCACCAAUACAAUUAGGCUGGUAGUAGAAGAAGAUGCACCAGAGACUGUAACUUUGGAGAUAGUUGGACGCAAUGAAGAAAUUCAAACAGAAAUAGGUAAAGAAGAGACACUCAACUGCACAGGUUUCUUGGGUUAUUAUAUACAAGAAGAUGCCAACCUCUACUGGUGGUUUAAUGAUACAUUUCCAAAAAAAUGUUCAGGUAUUCCCGAGGCUGAUCCACCAAUAUGUGAAGAAGAUUUAAAAAAAUCACAUUUGGGAAACAAGUUUUAUUUCACAAGGCUUCUACGGAUUAAAAAAGUAAGAGAGGAGGACUUGAAUCACAAUUUCACCUGCACACUGCAAGCCGAUGAAAUAAUGCACAUAAAAGUAGUGAAACUGAAAAAAGGAAAUACCCAAGAUCUUCCUAUGCACAUAUUUACAACUGGAAUGAUCCUUGCUGUACUGUUUCCAUGUGUUGCGCUGGCUGUGGUAGUUGUCUGUGUGAUUUUCAGAGUAGACUUAGUUCUAUUCUACAGGAACAUAAGCCAAAGAGAUGACACUGCUGGAGAUGGAAAAGAAUAUGAUGCUUUUGUAUCUUACCUGAAAGACUGUGUUUCUACUAGUAAAGAAGAGAGAGAAUUUGCUUUGAGGAUAUUACCAAUGAUAUUAGAAGAAAACUUUGGGUACAAGUUAUGUAUAUUUGAGAGGGAUGUAUCUCCUGGAGGAGCUGUUGUUGAUGAUAUCCAUUCAUUCAUUGACAAAAGCCGAAGAUUAAUCAUUAUACUGAGCCAGAACUACAUUUCUGACAGAGUCAUAUAUGAACUUGAGAGUGGACUGCACAAAGCUCUAGUAGAAAGGAAAACAAAGAUUAUAUUAAUUGAAUAUAUGCCUAUAAGUGACUACAAUUUCUUGCCAGAAUCAUUGUCUCUUUUGCCAUCAAAGAGGAUAGUGAAAUGGAAAAAAGAUAAAUCUCUUCCCGUGAAUUCCAGAUUUUGGAAGAACCUUCGGUACCUAAUGCCAGCAAAACCUACCAAGUCAAACACCAAAGGACACUGUCUGAAUCUAGAUCGAGGUUCAGAAGGGACUCAACCAUGGGGUGGAGGCUGUGACUUUAAUACAGUCAUAUAGCAAUUUAGGAGAUGGAAUUUGCUGCAGAAAGCUACCAGCUUCAAUAAAUUCAAAUAGAAAACACACACUGCAAUUACUUUUGAGAGACAGUAUUCAUAGCAGUCUGAGAUUUGAGAAGAAUGUAAGAAUCACCACAUUGGCUAGAAUCAUGUUAACUCCAAUACUAAAUUAUAUCCCAAAGGAUGUUUCCUCAGCAGUCUGCAUAAGGAGCUUAACUCUUAUUCCACAACCACUGCAUUGUGUAAACUUCUGGUAUUAUGUUUUCCUACUUGUAGAAUGACAUUGGUUAAACUUGCAUAUUUCUGAUAUUUAGGAGCUUUUGGUUUUGAUAUUUUCUAAGGGUCCUGCUUGGAAGUAAAAACAAAUGGCUCCUACUCAGGAAAGUCUGGCAGAUAGGCCUUGGGCAGCGCUGAGCAGAGAAGUGAAUCAGGCUGUCUGUAUUCACUGCUGAGCAAUGUGCCAUGGUAAAAAGAGACAAGGGAAAAUAGGACUAUGCAUACAUAAACUAACAUCAGUUCUUAUUGCUCUUAGGUCCCAAAUUGCUGAUUUUAACCAAGGCUUAGAAAUGCCUACUUUCUGUUUGCCACACUAGAGAAAUGAGGCUACUAGUAAGGCUUUUAUAGACUGUGGUUCUUUUGGUUUUCCUGAUGAUGUUUGUGUCAAUAUAUAUAUAUAUGAAUUGACAUGACUGUUGUUUUGAGAUCAUUUCAGUGAUUCUUUUAACAUUUUUGUACCAUUUUUUGCACUUAAUAAAAAUUUAUUUCCCCCUCUGUACAACA